AGAUGUGUCACAGGGGCGCAACGAAACAAGUACCUGAUUGAUCGCCAACUUUCCAUCGCUGCUGCAGAGAUCCCGCUGUACAUUCUGCUAGCCAUCGGCGUGAUGCAUGCAAUCUCCAGCUCGGAAGCGCUGCACUCGAUCAAUCUGCUACCGCACUCGCUGCAGAGCCUCCUGCCCAACUGGGUGCAUUCGUUGCCUCAACUGUCGCCAUACGACGCCGACGUGCCGAAUGCUUCCCACGACUAUACCACUUCUUCCACGUACAGCCGCAUCUUCUCUGCGGGACCGUUUAAGUCUGAUGCUGCAGGCUUUGGCCACCCGCUUAGUGCGCUGCAUUGGGUGACAAAGGCAUUCCUGGGCCUGUCAUACCCCGUCGCAGGCGGCCGUUUCGCCGAUGUGGUGCAGAAGACGCAGCGGCAUGUGGGAGGUGCAGCAGGUCUCUGGAGCAUCGGCUCGAGCUCAGUAUCAGACGCCAGCGGACGCGCCUGGGAGUGGCUUCUCGAGCCUGCCAACCAGCUGUAUGACAAGGGCCCCGCGGACCUGCUCUACGUACUCACAUGGGUGCUCAUCUGGACCGCGGUGCGCGCAGCCAUCAUCAAGCAUGUUCUCAUCCCGCUUGGGAACAGAUGGGUUGUCAAGCGAGUAGUGCCGCCGUGCAAGGCGCACAGAAAAGAGACGCAGGAGCAAGUGGCGCGACUUAACGACAAGAGCGUCUUGCGUUUCGCGGAGCAAGGGUGGUGCGUGUUGUUCUACGUGCCGUCACUAUCCCUUAGUCUGUGGGUGGCCUCGAGGCAGCCAUAUUGGCCGCUCAAAACGGAGCACCUUUGGAUCGGAUACCCGCACGCCCAGAUCGAUGGCCUGACCAAGUUCUACUACCUCGCUCAGCUCGGCUUUUGGCUACAUCAGAUCUUCGUGCUCAACGUCGAGACGAAGCGGAAAGACUAUCUCCAGAUGUUUGCGCACCACAUCAUCACUGUCGCGCUCAUUGUCUUUUCCUAUUUUACCAACUACACUCGCAUCGGCAACAUGAUCUUAUGCCUGAUGGACCCGAGCGACAUUCUUCUUUCUGCUGCUAAGUGUCUGCGCUACGUUGGCCUGCAAACGAUAUGCGAUAUUGGCUUCGGCCUCUUCCUUGUCAGCUGGGUCAUCACGCGGCAUGUGCUGUACAACAUCCUUCUCUGGUCCGCCGCCGUCGAGUCGCGGCGCUUCAUCGUGCAGACGUGGAUACCAGAGCAGGGCUGGUUCUAUACGGACCGAUUCAUCCUAUUCAUGGUCAGCUUGCUCUGCGCGCUGCAGGUCCUCCUGUGCAUAUGGUUCGUCAUGAUAGCCCGCGUCGCAUACCGCGUCGUCACGGGCGCACCGGCGAAUGACUCGCGCAGCGAUGACGAAACCGAUGGCGAGCUCGAGCUCAAGCCGGAGCAGCUGGACCAGCGUGACGUGAGCGAAGCCUCAAAAAAGGAAGCGACGAAGAAACAUGCGGGGCGCAAAUCUGCGGCCUCUGUUGGCGACGUCGCGCCUGCACAGCCGCGAUCUUCAUCAUUAGGUGCAUCACUGUCAUCAUCCGGGACACCAUCACCAGCACCGGCGAGCUCAACCUCUAUAGCAAAAGCCGCGAGCAUGGGCAACAAAAAAAGGCGAUAGUUGAUAAAAUCUCUCGCACUCUUUUCUCGAGAGGGCCUACCCGCGUUUUGGCCCCGAUGAGAUCUUUCGCUCGACAGAGAACUGAAUCUGCUUGCUGUUCUGGAUCGUGUAGCC